CUGAUAAGGGAUGAUAGGGGUGAUGUUGAUGAAGGGGGUGAUGGGCAUGAUAGGGGUGAUGGGGAUGAAGGGGGUGAAGGAGAUGAUGGGGUUGAUGGGGGCGAUGGGGAUGAUGGAGAUGAUGGAGAUGAUGAUGUGAUGGGGAUGAUGGGGGUGAUGGGGAUGAUGGAGAUGAUGGAGAUGGUGACGGUGAUGGCAUAUUUGGAUGAUAGGGGUGAUGUUGAUGAAGGGGGUGAUGGGCAUGAUAGGGGUGAUGGGGAUGAAGGGGGUGAAGGAGAUGAUGGGGUUGAUGGGGGCGAUGGGGAUGAAGGGGUGAUGGAGAUGAUGGGGGUGAUGUGGAUGGGUGAUGUGGAUGAUGUGGAUUAUGGAAAUGAUGGAGAUGAUGGGGACGAAGGGGGUAAUGUUGAUGAUGGAGAUGAUGGGGAUGAAGGGGGUGAUGGGGAUGAUGGGUGUGAUGGGGAUGAUGGAGAUGAUCGAGAUAAUGGAGACGAUGGGGCUGAUGGGGAUGAUUGGGUUGAUGGGGGUGAUGGGGAUGAUGGGUGUGAUGGAGAUGAUGGGGAUGAUGGGGGUGAUGUUGAUGAAGGGGGUGAUGGGUAUGAUAGGGGUGAUGGGGAUGAAGGGGGUGAAGGAGAUGAUGGGGUUGAUGGGGGCGAUGGGGAUGAAGGGGUGAUGGAGAUGAUGGGGGUGAUGUGGAUGGGUGAUGUGGAUGAUGUGGAUUAUGGAAAUGAUGGAGAUGAUGGGGACGAAGGGGGUAAUGUUGAUGAUGGAGAUGAUGGGGAUGAAGGGGGUGAUGGGGAUGAUGGGUGUGAUGGGGAUGAUGGAGAUGAUCGAGAUAAUGGAGACGAUGGGGCUGAUGGGGAUGAUUGGGUUGAUGGGGGUGAUGGGGAUGAUGGGUGUGAUGGAGAUGAUGGGGAUGAUUGGGAUGAUGGAGAUGAUGGGGGUGAUGGGGAUGAAGGGGGUGAUGGGGAUGAAGGGGGUGAUGGAGACGAUGUGGAUGAUGUGGAUGAUGUGGAUGAUGUGGAUGAUGGAGAUGAUGAUGAUGGGGAUGAGGAGAAUGAUGUGGAUGUUGAAGAUGAUGGGUGUGAUGGGGAUAAUGGAGAUGAUGGGGAUGAAUGGAGAGAUGGGGAUGAUGUGGAUGAUGGAGAUUAUGGGGAUGAUGGAGAUGAUGGAGAUGCCUGGGAUGAUGGGGGAUGUGAUGGAGAUGAUGGAAAUGAUUGGUGUGAUGGGGAUGAUGGAGAUGAUGGAGAUGAUGGGGAUGAGGGGGGUGAUGUGGAUGAUGGAGACGAUGUGGAUGAUGUGGAUGAUGGAGAUGAUGAAGAUGAUGGGGAAGAUUGGUGUGAUGGGGAUAAAGGGGGUGAUGGGGAUGAAGGGCAUGAUGGGGGUGAUGUGGAUGAUGUGGAUGAUGGAGAUGAUGGGGAUGAUGGAUAUGAUGGAGAUGAUGGGGAUGAAUGGGGAGAUGGGAUGAUAUGGAUGAUGGAGAUGAUGGAGAUGAUGGGGAUGAUGGAGAUGAUGGGGAUGAUGGGGAUGACAGGUGUGAUGGGGAUGAUGGAGAUGGUGGGGAUGAAGGGGGUGAUGGGGAUGAUGGGAGUAAUGGGGAUGAUGGAGAUGAUGGAGAUGAUUGAUUUGAUUGGGAUGAUGGGGAUGAUUGGGGUGAUGUGGAUGUUGGGGGUGAUGGGAUAA